UUUUAAAGGUAUGAUCCGCAGGUGUUUGAACGUGUCAAAAACACGUAAAACCAUAAUAUCAUAGUCCAGUAAAUAUCCUAUAAUAAACACCAUUUUUUUAGAUUUUAGUGAUGUGCCAGUGUUUAAAGGGGGGUUUGUCCACAAUACAUUAAAAAACGGUUCAUGGCCGGGAUUGGUUUUACGGCCGGCACAAAUGCUGGUCUACUGUAUUCACCCUUCGGUUGUCAUCGUCAACGUGGUCCCCGUCCCCGCUUUCGCCUGCGUCACUGGCACGCGGAAACGCAUCUUCGACGGUGCAGUAAACACCUAUUACAAACGAAUUUAUUUCAAAACCUAAUCAUAUCAAACUUUUUUUAAUUAAGUAAUGUAAUUAACGGUUUAAGGACACUUAUGGAACUACCUCGUUUUACAAUUUAAUGGUUUUUAUAGUAAUUUAAAUCUUAUAUCGUAUUAUAUUAGAAUUAAUGUUCAAAAAGACUUGUUCGUGUGGCCUUACUUUUUACCUGAUUAAUUUAAAUUUAUAGUUUUAAAUAAAAUAAGGGCCUUAUGUAAAUUAAUAUAGUUUAAUACCAAUGAAAAUGCAUAGGCGAUCAUUUAUGGGCAAUCGGACACACAUUGUUGAUAAUCAAAGGAGAAUUAGGGCAAAUGACAAACCAUUUAAUGCUCAGUUUAAAUAUGCGAGCAACUACAUUAAGACCUCAAAGUACAGUGUGCUGACGUUCCUGCCACUGAAUCUGUUUGAACAGUUUCAGCGCUUGGCCAACUUCUAUUUUUUGUGCCUUCUAGUUCUACAAUUGAUACCGGCCAUCAGCAGUCUUACACCAGUCACCACAGCCUUGCCACUCAUUGGAGUGCUUGGACUCACUGCCAUCAAAGAUGCUUACGACGACAUUCAACGUCAUAUAUCGGACUCUCAAGUCAAUAACAGAAAAUCUAGAGUUGUGCGCAAAGGUAAGCUUGUGCAAGAAAGAUGGUCCGCCGUCCAGGUUGGAGACAUUAUCCGCAUGGAUAAUAAUCAGUUCGUGGCGGCAGAUAUACUUUUGCUGUCCUCAAGUGAGCCUAAUGGACUUUGUUAUAUUGAAACAUCUGAACUAGAUGGCGAGACCAACUUAAAGUGCCGCCAGUGUCUGUCGGAAACUGAAGUGAUGGGUGAGGACAACGCCCUGUUGGGCGAGUUUGACGGCGAAAUAGUUUGUGAAACGCCCAACAACCUACUAAACAAAUUCGAAGGUGUUUUGGUGUGGAAGAACAAAACGCAUUCGCUCGACAACGACAAGAUUAUAUUGCGAGGAUGCGUGCUGCGCAAUACACAAUGGUGUUAUGGUCUGGUCAUUUUUGCCGGCAAAGAUACAAAAUUAAUGCAGAACAGCGGCAAGACCAAAUUCAAGCGCACCAGUAUAGAUAGGCUUCUUAACUUUUUAAUUAUAGGUAUAGUAUUUUUUUUACUGUCGAUGUGCCUUUUCUGCAUGGUAGCGUGCGGCAUAUGGGAGUCGCUCGUUGGCCGGUACUUUCAAACGUUCCUACCAUGGGACACACUGGUGCCUUCCGAACCGUUGGGUGGCGCCACGAUCAUUGCCCUUCUUGUUUUUUUCUCAUACGCAAUAGUUUUGAACACCGUUGUACCUAUCUCGCUGUACGUUUCAGUGGAGGUAAUAAGAUUUGUGCAAAGUUUUUUAAUUAAUUGGGAUGAACAAAUGUUCUAUAGUAAAAACAGUACCCAUGCCAAAGCGAGAACUACUACUUUAAACGAAGAACUGGGUCAAAUAGAGUACAUAUUCUCAGACAAAACGGGAACGCUAACGCAAAAUAUAAUGACUUUCAACAAAUGUUCAAUUGGAGGAAUCUCUUACGGGGACGUUUUUGAUCAAAGAACAGGGGAUUUAAUUGAGAUUACGGAAGAGACCGAACCGUUGGAUUUUUCAUUUAAUCCCAAUUACGAGCCAGAGUUUAAGUUUUAUGACAUGCACCUACUGGAGGCGGUUAAAAGGAAAGAUGAAGAAGUUUUUAGUUUUUUCAGACUUUUGGCACUUUGUCAUACGGUAAUGUCUGAACAACACGACAAUAAACUCGAGUAUCAAGCUCAGUCGCCCGAUGAGGCGGCGCUGGUGUCGGCCGCUAGGAAUUUUGGUUUUGUUUUUAAAGAAAGAUCCCCAAACAGCAUUACCAUUGAGGUAAUGAACCAGAAGGAAGUGUACGAACUGCUUUGUAUCCUCGAUUUUAACAACGUCAGAAAAAGGAUGUCUGUGAUAUUAAGAAAGGAUGGAAAAUUAAAGUUGUACUGUAAAGGGGCUGAUAAUGUCAUUUAUGAAAGGUUAAAGGGGUCAAAUGAAGAUGAGGUUAAAGUUAAAACCCAGGAACACCUAAAUAAAUUUGCUGGAGAAGGUCUUAGAACUCUCUGUUUGGCAUCCAGGGACUUGGAUGAAGAAUUUUUCAACGACUGGAAAAAGAGGCAUCAGGAGGCUGCCAUUUCGCUUGAAGACAGGGACGAGCGCCUGGACGCAAUCUACGAGGAAAUCGAAACUGACAUGGUGUUGAUUGGGGUUACAGCCAUAGAAGACAAGUUGCAGGACGGAGUGCCGCAAACCAUUGCCAAUUUAAUUCUGGCUAAUAUAAAGAUAUGGGUUCUUACAGGUGAUAAACAAGAAACUGCCAUAAACAUCGGCUACUCCUGUCAACUGCUAAACGAUGAGAUGGUGGACGUUUUCAUCGUUGACGCCUCCACAUUUGAGGAAGUGCAACAGCAGCUGUUAAAGUUUCGCGACAACAUCAAAAUCGUUCAGACGUUCCAACCGCGCAGUCCUCUCGCAGCGCAGAACGGAGACGGUCCCAACGAUGCCUCCAUGAACCACGCUCAUCAUUCGGCCCCGUCAUCAUCGACGGCUAACAAAGGGGCGGGACAAGGCGUAGACGGCGGUGGAGUUUCGGCGAUCACUGUGCCUGCCGUCAGCGUCGUUACCUUCAGGUGGGACGCGAUAGAAACAUGCGAUCGAUUGUCAAUGAGAGCAAGCAAGGAACUGGAGUACCACAGUCCCGUUGAACAAACUGAGGACGCGAACGCAGACUUUGCUAUAGUCAUCAACGGACAUUCUCUUGUACACUGUUUGCACCCUCAACUGGAAGGAUUAUUUUUAGAAGUGGUUAUGCACUGCAAAUCGGUAAUAUGUUGUCGGGUUACUCCUCUACAAAAAGCUUUGGUUGUAGAACUAAUAAAGAAAAGUAAGCAAGCCGUAACAUUGGCCAUAGGGGAUGGAGCAAAUGAUGUUUCUAUGAUAAAAGCUGCCCAUAUAGGUGUUGGUAUAUCAGGACAGGAAGGCAUGCAGGCCGUUCUUGCUUCAGAUUAUUCGAUUGCCCAGUUCAGGUUCCUAGAAAGAUUGCUGCUUGUUCAUGGACGAUGGUCCUAUUACAGGAUGUGCAGCUUUCUGCGCUAUUUCUUCAAUAAAAACUUCGCAUUUACCCUCUGCCACUUUUGGUACGCGUUUUUCUGCGGAUUUAGUGCUGAGACUGUUUUCGACCCGAUGUAUAUAUCGAUUUACAAUCUUUUUUAUACAUCUUUACCCGUCCUCGCGGUCGGCAUAUUCGACCAAGAUGUCAAUGACAAAAAUUCCGUGCUAUAUCCUCAGUUGUACCGGCCUGGUCAUAUGAACCUAUUUUUCAACAAAAAAGAGUUUUUUCGCAGCGCGCUGCAAGGAUGUUAUGUUUCCGGGAUUCUCUUUUUUAUUUCGUUUGGUACCUACUAUGAUGCAGUAAGCCCGGAUGGAAAAGGCCUGUCAGAUUACAUGCUGUUUUGUAGUGCUACUGCAGCAAUUUUGGUUAUUGUUAAUACUGCACAAAUUGCCCUGGACACACAAUAUUGGACUGUGUUUAAUCACGUAAUGAUUUGGGGAUCUCUGGGUUUUUUCUUUGUUGCUGAUUAUUUUUACAAUUACGUGUUUGGAGGCCCUUAUGCCGGCUCUCUAACAAAAGCCAUGUCGGAGGCGAAUUUUUGGUUUACCACUGUUCUAGUGGUAAUUAUAUCCAUUAUGCCCGUGCUGGCUUGGCGAUUCUACUUUGUAGAUGUCGCACCUACACUCUCGGACCGAGUUCGGUUAAAACAAAGACUUGCACAGGUGCGCUCCAGGCAGAGCCAAGACGUGCUGCGCACUCCCUCGGCGAGAAGAGCGCGCAGAUCCAUUCGUUCCGGUUACGCCUUCGCUCAUCAAGAGGGCUUUGGCCGAUUAAUUACCUCGGGAAAAAUUAUGCGCCAGGUUGCCAAGCUGCCCAAUCAGAUGGGCAAGCUGACUAUGGCGACGGCCGGGGGCGGAAGCGCGAGAAACAACAAUGGCCCUCCGGCGCCGCCACCCUCCCAGGGAAGCAGCGGUGUCAGUCGAGCCCCGAUACAGGAUUUGGAUACCAUCAAUUUGUAAAUGUAGGAAAAAGGUGUAUUUUCUUGUUUGGUGCAAAACAGAUAAGUUGGUUCUAUGUUUAUCCUUUUUUUUCGUUGAGGUACGGAAUUUGGAGUGCAAAUAUUAAAAAAAUAUUUUUCUAUUGAAAAAGACAAUUAUUCUUAAUACUUUUGUUUUUAGUUGCUUUAUUCUUUUUACGUAAAAUAUUUGGUUUUUAAUAUUUUUACAACCGCGUUAUUAAUUUUUUCCUCAAUCUUAAAAAUAAAUGUUGGCAAAUGAAUGCCUUUUAAGGAUAUACCUGAACUGGAAAAUGUUAUGAUUUGUUCUUAUGUUCUUGUUUUUAUGAAAUACUUAUUUUCAUUCCUUAAGCAAAUACCAUUCCAUUUGCUAUAGUUUUAUUAAGUCUGAUGCAUAGUUACAUAUUGUGUGUCACAAAUGAACAGUAUCUUGAAAUAUGUAAAAAAAAAACACGAAAAACUUAAAAAAAUUGCAUUAAGAAAGUGUUUUUUGUGCUUCAGUCUUAUAAUCUGACUAGUAAGGCCCUAAUUAUAAUUUAACAUAAUAAAAUAUCUUAAACCAUUAUGGUGCAUUAAAGCUAUUAAAAUGAGCUUUAAUCCUGUUUUUUU